CCACGCGCGCGCGGGAAGGCGCCAUGGCCUCCGUGGUGUACUCGUCCCGCGUCGUGGCGGGCGGCGACGAGGGCAGCGACAGCGACGACGGCGAUUGGGACAUUGGCGUCGUGCGGCAGGAGCCGCUGCAGUUGGAUCAAAUGUUGCAGGCAGAGAAGAAUGAGGCAUUAAAGAAGGCCCUAUUUCGUGGUGAUGUGUCAUUAAUUGAAGAUCUCUUAAACUCAGGUAUCAGCAUAGAAACUAGCUUUCAGUUUGGAUGGACUCCCCUGAUGUGUGCAGCCAGCGUAGCUAACUUUGCAGUAGUACGUCUUCUUCUGGACAGAGGUGCUAAUGCAUGUUUUGAAAUAGAUAAAUACACUGUGUUGAUGGCAGCAUGUACUGCACAAGCUUCAGAGGAGAACAUCUUGAACACUGUCGAACUGCUUCUAUCAAGGAAUGCUGACCCUAACCUUACUUGCAGGAAGCAAAUGACUGCACUGAUGUAUGCAGCUAGAAAAGGCUAUCCUCGGGUUGUUGCUUUUCUUGUUGCUCAUGGAUCACACAUAAAUGCCCAAGAUGAAAAUGGAUAUACAGCAUUAAUAUGGGCAGCACAGCAUGGACAUAAAAGUGUAAUUUUGAAGUUGCUUGAGCUAGGAGCUGACAAAAAUCUACAGACCAAGGAUGAAAAAACAGCAGCAGAGCUAGCAAAAAUCAAUAAACAUUUAGAGAUAUUUAGUUUGCUCUCUUUGGCUGCAAAUCACAUGCAAGGGAGAUACCAUAAAACAGUUGAGCAAGAGGCUAUCUGCAAAUUUCUGACUGCUGUCUCUGACCACAGUGUUGGUUCCUAUUCAACUUUUCAUGACAUGGAAGUGUUUUUACAUGGUCUUGGUCUAGAACACAUUAGAGGAUUAUUGGAGGAACAAGGUAUAACUUUAAGACAACUUCUGAUCAUGCAAAAAGAUGACUUAAUACAGAUUGGCAUUACAAAUGCUGGAGAUCAGCAGAAACUCCUAGAUGCUAUUAACGAUCUGCAAACAGAAGAAAAAAAAUUUGAAGACCUCUCUGAAGUGAUGAAGCUGGAAUUGAGUGAAGAUGAAUUGCUCAAGUUUCUUCGGAAGUUGAAUAAAGAGUGUAGUAAGCUGAUCAUUCCUGUGCAGACCAUGAAUAACCAUUUCCUCAAAAAUUCCCACAAGAUGGUACUGCAGUGGGCACCAACUGAAUGUUAUAUUGAAGUCUGCAAAGAUGUGAUUUGCAGUGUUAAAAUGUUGGGAGAAGAAGUUGGCAGACUGAAGGACCUCGUGGUGGAGUAUGAGGAGAAGAAUAAACCUAACCAAGUGAAACUUCCAGAAAAAGCAGCCACCUUGGAAAAAAGAUUAAUAAAAAUGGGAGGGGUAACAUUGCUUGGAUUUGGUUUUUUCUUCUUUGUAAUUAAAUUAGUAGCAAAGAGAAAUAUUACCUUAGAAUUAAUCCUAAACUAUCAGGGUGCAUAUUGUGAAAGAAGAACCUUUUAUAUGCGCACCAGUCCUCCUAUAAUCAGCUCAAAAUAUGGUUCAAAUGCAGCUGCUCCCCAACGAAUGCUGUCUCGGAAAUGGGACAUCUCCAGCUUGAUAAUGAGGGUUCGUUGUUUGGAAUACGCGUUAGCCUGUAUUUGCUUUGCAGAGAGGACACGAAGUGAAAAAGUUGCUAAAUCCCUUAUUCUUGAGUUUGCUUCCAGCCCCGGCCGCAUCGCCCCUCUCUCGGGCGGGGCCCGGCAGUCGCCUCUGGGGCCGGGUUGCGGCGGGUUCCCCCAUGCCGGGCUGGGAGCGCGAUGGGCCGCGCAGGCUGCCCCCAGUCGGAGCCCGUGGGCCGGGAGCUCCGCGGCGCGGGGCUGCGCCGGGACGCCCGGGGCGGAGGCGCCCUGGCGCCGGUGCCCGCGGAGAAGCCGGCCCGACUCUGCGGGGCCCGGGGCGAGGGGAGGCAGCCGGGCAGUGUCCACCCCAUACCGGGACUGCUCUGGUUCUCUGCCUCUCCUCUGGCACCGGAUCGCGGUUCCGGUCCGUGCUCGGUGUUCGCGGUUGCGAACCGAGCCAUCAAUUGCCGUCGUGCCAAACCCCGAGAAGUGCCAAGUGCUGCCGGUCUGUAACAGCCUGCCGGGGCCGCCGCCGGCUCCGCAGCAGGUCGUGUAG